UAGCACUACAUUUUAUAUAAAUAUAUUUAUAUUAUACACAUAUAUUGUGCAUUUAUAUUAUACAUUUCUGCUAUGUAAAUGUUAAAUAACAAUACGGAAUUCAGUGCCAAUUAGUUUCUUUUGAAUGCUAUUAGUUGUGAGCGAGCCAAGAGUUACAAAAUCGUAUAAAUAUUCUCAAAAAUAAAAAUGUGUUUAUACGCAUACUAUAAAAAAAUAAAAAAAUAUAUGUUUUAGAAAAUAAUUAUACAAUUUAUGUAUUAUUCUUACAUAUAUAUAAUAAAUUGAAUACUUUGAUAAAUUAUAAUCAUAAAAUAUUAUAUAACUGUAGUGAAUAGAUAUAAGAUUAUGUCAAGAAUGUUGUAAAAAAAUUUUCUUUUUUACUUCUUUCUUACUGCUGUUAACCAAAGGUUGGCACAAGAGAAGAAGUAUGCGUUUCAUCAAAGUCAAAUCUUUGUUAUCUUGUUCUCAGUAAUUACAACAUAAUUUGAAAUUAACUUCGUUGCAUCGUUCGCAUGUUUCUUAUAAAUUAAGCUUGGUUUAAAAUAUAUAAUCUUCAUUAAUUUUUUGAAAAAAAAAACAAACAAAAAAAAUAUUAUUUGUGUAUACGUUAUCUCAUUAACUAUAUUGUAUGAGUUACGUAGCAAUUUGAUUAACCAAAGCAUCGGUAUGAGGAAUUUUCGCCGCGCGGUGAAAGAUUUCCUGGACAAAUUUUAAAUAAUAUUUUUUGUUUACUUUGAAUCGGAACGUUAGAAGAAAAUAGAGUUCUCUCUAUUUUGCUUAAUGCACAACAAAACGUAAUAUUUGCAAUUUAAUAGGUAUGAAAAUGAUUGUUUCUUUAAUAAAUAUUAUUAAUUUGAAGCCUUCGUGAUUAAGUCUAUAUUUCUAAUUUAAAGUCUUUCGUGAUUAGUAUGUAUUUGAACUGAGAUUAAAUAUAUAUUUGAACUACAGUCUUGUUUAUUAACUAAUUUCAAUACACGUCCAAAGCAAUAUAUUGCUUUUAUAUAUGUAUAUAUACACACAAUAUAUUACAUAUAAACUUAAACAUUAUAACAUGAAACUCUCAAAAAUUAGGAAAAUAAUACGGCAUCUUAUUAAAACAAUUGAUUUUUUAUUAUUUUAUUAAAAAUUAUAGCGAUUUUCCUCAAAUUAUAUUAUUGCUCAUAUGGUUUCUAUAUAAUGUUUGAAUAUGAUAAAUAAAACAAUAACUGGCUAAUAGACGUUUCUCCUACUUUAUGAUUAUAUCAACCUACUUUAUGAGUAUAUCAAUAUUUUUUAAAGAAAUAAAAUAUUAAUUUGUGGAAUAUUGUGGAAUUUAAAUAUACAUUUGUAUUUUGUAGGUUACAAAAAUUGAAAAAAAAUUGUUGAUGCUCGAAGUAGCAUCUCGUUGUUACGAUUCUAAGGAAAUACAAGAUCCAACGAAUAUAUAAAUGCCGAUAUUUUUAAUAUCUUUUUAAAUACUUUUUUUGCAUAUUUUUAAUCGGUGUAGACUGUAGACAUGUAUCGUACAAGAACAUAUUAUUUAUUAGUAGCUCUUAAGAGAGCUUUGCUAAUGGCGGGAGUUGUAACUCGAUGUGAGAAAAAUCACAGAGCGGCUAGGUUCGAACCCGAUUCUACAGCUCGAGAAUGUAAUUUCUAAGUCAAUGCGUGUUCCCAGCUUUUUAGACUUAUUCAGUUGACAAAUAAUAAUAAUAUUAAUUUUAAUGAUUCUUAAGAAAAUAUUAGAGAAUACAAAAUGUAAGAAUAUAGUAAAAAAGGAGUACAAAAUGAAUUUAUAUAAUACUUUUGCCUUUUUAAUUUUUAUUUUUUAUUAACGUAAUCGAAAUAUGUAUUAAAAAUCUGAAGAUCAGCGUGCGUUCGUUGCGUCGAGAAUAAAAUAAUUACUUCGAGUUUGGCUUUUUAUUAGGAAGUAAAUUUUAUUAAAAAUCUUGUACCAGCCGUUGAUGUAGACUCGUUGGGGUUUAAAAUAAAGUACAGGCAAGCCUUCCAAGUUAUAUAUUUAGGGCGACGCGCAAGCGCGAUCCGAUUAAAACUCCGCUGAAGUCUUGCAGCUUCAGCUUUCCCGAAUUCUGUCCUCGUGUGUCGCGAUUCCGGCAGAUCGCGUAUAAUUGCGAACAGUAAUAUCUUCCGCUCAUUAAGUUUCCGCUCACGUUUAAAAAUACCGAAGUGUACGAAUUAAGAAGUUCGGAACGUCCGAUACGCGAGAAUCAUGCCGAGAUAAGCCGUGCGGUGACUGCAAAAGUAAAGGUGGUCUCACGAAAAAUAAAAUAGUAAUAAAGACCAAGAAACAAAAUUUUAAACAUCUAAUUUGUCGGAGAGAAAAAAUAGAACGUAAACGUGGGAGCAACCGUCGCGAGAACUCAACGUCUUCAUUCUGAUCUAACGUCAAAGAAAAAGCAUCAUGGAUCUCGGUGGUGUAGACGUUUGGGGUCAGAUUGCCUUAGAAACCUCUCAGAUGUAUGUUUCUGAGGGCGGUGCAGCUAAAAGUCGUACUACGAUAGAGAAGCUGCCAGACAAAGUUCUCCUGAACGUCUUCUGUUACCUCUCGCACCGCGAGAUAUGCAGGGUCGCUCGCGUUUGCAAACGCUGGCGACAAAUCGCGUACGACACGCGCCUCUGGACGCACGUGUCCCUGAGACCGGAAGUAAGCGGGCUCCACGUGAACUCCCUGGAAAAUCUGUUGCAUUUAGUCAGCGUGCGCUUUGGACCAUCGUUGAGAUACAUUGAAUUGCCGAUCGAACUGAUCACACAUACGGUUCUCCACGAAUUAGCGAAUAAGUGCCCGAAUCUAACGCACAUGUUACUGGACUUUUCGACCGCGAUGCAACUGCACGACUUCUCGGAAAUGCAAGCGUUCCCCACGAAAUUGAAGUACAUGUGCAUCUGUUUGUCGGAAGUAAUCUUUAUGGAAGGCUUUAUGCGUAAGAUCUACAACUUCAUAAACGGCCUGGAGGUACUUCAUUUAAUCGGAACGUAUGAAAAAGUCGAAGAGGAAGAAGAAGAAAUCUAUGAGGUGAUCAAUGUACACAAACUGAAGUCGGCAACACCUAAUUUGAGGGUGAUUAAUUUGUAUGGAAUCAAUUUCGUGGAUGAUUCGCAUAUCGACGCCUUUUCCUCCAAUUGUAUUCAAUUAGAGUGUUUAGCCGUGAAUUAUUGUGCCAAAGUGACCGGUUCGACUAUGAAGACUCUUUUUCAAAGGAGCAGAAGAUUAAAAUGUCUUCUUAUGCAAGGAACAAAUCUGCAGAGCGAAUACGUAAUGCAGGUUGAAUGGGAAAAAUCCAGUGUUCAGGAGCUUGAUAUUACUGCUACUGACCUGUCGACGGAAUGCCUGAUCGACAUGCUAACCAGAAUCCCCGGGCUACGGUUCCUUAGUGCCGGUCAACUGAACAGUUUCAACGAUAACGUGCUGAAGUCGUGGGCCGAGUUGGGAAAUACCAGGAACUUAAUAGCGCUGGAUCUCGAUAGGUCCGAUAAUCUGACCGACGAGGCUCUGCACAAGUUCCUGUCGAGGCACGGUCAUCAGUUAUAUGGCCUCGUGCUGUCAGGCAUGCCGCAUAUUACCGAUCAGCUUUGGCAAAGCGUACUACCGAUUCUCACUAAUGCAAAAAUACUUGUAAUGGGCACUCAAGAGAGGCUAGGAGUUAACAUUCACGUGGAUCAAUUAAUGGACGGAAUCGCCAAUAACUGUCCCAAUUUGGAGCGUUUGGAGUUGCGAUGGGAUCCGGAAAACUUGCGAUUUUCGGACAAAAGUCAGAAAGCCAUCGAUAUCCUACGUGUGAAAUGCAUCAAGAUGAAAUGUUUAAGUUUAAGUGACGGAAGAUACUAUGAAAUUGUCAAAGCGAAUUUCGAGCGAGCUGAUAGGCUGACAGUUGUGAGGACGAUAACUUGUUGUAGAGUAUCAAAUUAUUACCUUUUGCAAAAUUAUAAGGAUCUAAUUUUCAAUUGAGGCACGUUGAUGAUAGAUUCUUAGAUUGUUUUAUGAAUGUUAUCUGUUGACUACUGUUGAAUACUGAAGAAAGUGCUUAAAGAGAUAAAGCGAUGAAAUAAUAUAUUCAUGUAAAAUACUAUAUUUUCUUUACGACAGUAUUAAUAUAGCGCACGAUAAGGAAAUAAAAUUUAUAAGAAAUAAAUUCAUUGUAUUGUAAAAUAAAUUAUGAUUUAACAUUGCAAA